CAUCAGGUGGCGCAAAGAGAUAUGUAACGAAUUCUUAAUAUUAAAAUCAUCAAUUCAUUUACAUGACCAAAGGGAGGACCAGUGUCACGUUAAGGAGCAAGGAUCUUCUCAACAGUAUUAUUCUUUUUUUAGACUGAGAUUGUGCUGGUCAAAGGAUCGGAGGCGCAGACAGAGAGGAGAUUGAACUGAUUUAAUAAGGCAGUCGGACGGAGAGGUUUCGGUCCCUGGUCGCUCUGAACGGCGUUUUUCGGCUCAACCUGCAGGAAAACGAUGGAGUUAGGAGAAAGAAGGAGAAGGAGGAAGUCACAAAGCUUCAAACUGGUGGCAGAUGAUGAAGUUUGGCUGGAAGACGAAGGCGUGGAGAUCAAGAGGCAAAUCACAGGAAUGAUGAGGAUUCUGAGGGACAAGACCGGCCGGGUGUAUAAGCGUGUUGGAGCAGACCGUGACAGCACAACAAAUGACUCCCAGGAUAAGCAUCUCAGUUGGGUUCAGCAGCCUCCGGUCCCGUCUGUGGUACCAGAUGACCGUCAAGGCAACAGCUGGGUGUCGACUGGACACUCAGAACCCUCUGUGUUGUCCCCACCUGUGCCGGUCCCAAACGGUCCACACUGUGGCCAGUACAGCACCCGCUACAGAUCCCUCAGGAUUGUCAACAAAACAAAGGAUUUGAGCAAAACCAAUGAACAAAAUGAUGUGCUCCAGCCUGCAGCUCCAGAAACCUCCUGCUGUAUGUGUAACUGUAAAGGCACAUUGGAGGCUAUAUUGCAGGAACUGCGUGCCAUGAGGAGGCUAAUGCAGACUCAGAAAGCAUCCUUUGGAAGGAAUGACAUAUCCCGCUUUAGCCUGGGCUUCACUCCGCGCAGUCUCCACAGAAGAAGAAGGUCUUACUACAAGGUGGUACCGCUUAGUGACUCCAGGGGUCAAAAAGUCGCUCUUGCCUCUGUGGAAAGUUCAGCACUUCAAGCUGCAUCACCAGCAGAAUCUGGAAGGAGGGAAGAGUGUGAGAAACUGGACUCACUGGUGCUCAACAUGAAUUCCAUUUCCCCUGAUGUUUCACAACAGAAAGACUCAGGGAUAGUGAGCAAAGUUCACAAUACUUCCUCAAACCAACCAAGAGAACCUCAGGCAUCAGAGAGCGAGGUCCGUCUUGCGGAGGAAUACGAUGUGUUUAUAUCUAAAGCUCAGCUAGAUUCCAUCCUGGUCAACUACACCCGCUCUGGCAGUCUCCUAUUCCGCAAACUGGUCUGCGCCUUUUUUAAUGAUGUUACUCUGGCUAACUCGUUGCCAAACGGUAAAAGGAAGAGAGGGCUCAAUGAUAACAGAAAAGGACUGGACCAGAACAUUGUUGGAGCCAUUAAAGUGUUUACAGAGAAAUACUGCACUGAACAUAAAAUAGAGAAGUUGCCUGGACCUCGAGACUGGGUGCAGAUUCUUCAAGACCAGAUUAAACUAGCCAGAAGGAGGCUAAAAAGAGAUGCAGCAGAGACAGAGGAAAACCCCAAUGGACCGUCCACAAGUAUUAACCUCAUAUGAAACUAUGAACAGUUAUGACAGUCUCUUACACUUUCUAGAUUGUUUGCUUUAAAGAUUUUUACCUGUCCCUUUCCUCUCACACCGGCGCAUCACCUUUCUCCAUCUUUCCAUCGGUUGCCGUCUGGACACUCCAUGGCCUCACCUCUCUGGGCUUCUCAGCCACCAAACACAUGGUGUUGCCAGCUCACUCCUUGGCUCACGGGUCUUUAUCAUGCUGUCAUGAUGACAUUUGACUUUUUCAUGGAGCUUACCAAAAUGUCAGCUAAUAAUCUUCACACCAUGCACGGUUCCCUCGCUUUCACCUUUCAUCCGUGACGAUGUGCGGCUCUGAAGCAGCAGCUUCACAUGAGAUCUGUCUGCCAAAAGUACGCUGUGACAUUUUUCUUUCUUUUAAAGGCUGUGAUCAUAACAACACCACCAUAGAUGUGGAACAGACGGCAGUGAACAUGACCGAUUGAUUGACUGGUUACUAUCAGCUUUUUAUUCCUCUAGCAAACAAAAUAUUGACUUUGUUCUGUUGCAAACAUCCAUGUGCAGUGAAUGCAACAAAAAUAACAGGAGGAUUAAAAUAAAUAAAGAAACCA